UUUCACAUCUUCAAGCGAUCGAGGUCGCUUCUCGGCCCGUUCUAUGCGUCAGUACGUUUCUGGUGUAUCGUUGGACUCUUAGUCGUGUCUUGAUUCUGUCUAUGUCAAUUUAUUAAUCGACCUUAAUAAUGCCGUUAGAAAAUCUAGAAGAGGAAGGAUUGGAAAAAAAUCCCAAUUUAGAAUUGGCCCAAAUUAAAUUUUUAUUAAGUCUUCCAGAACAUCACGAUGAUCCGUAUUUGAAAACAAAACUGCUCGAUGCCAUUAAAGCAGAAAAUAUGGCACCAUUUUACGAAGAAGUUUGUAAAGAUCUGAGUUGGAUAGUAGACGAAGCGCUUUUGGCUAACAUGAGGGCUCGUAAUGCGGAACAAUUAAAAGAGCUGGAUGGUGCGAUUGAGGAUGCCGAAAAGAAUUUAGGAGAAAUGGAAGUACGAGAAGCUAAUCUUAAAAAAUCUGAACAUCUUUGCCGAAUUGGAGAUAAAGAAGGAGCGAUAACAGCGUUUAGAAAAACUUAUGACAAAACCGUAUCUUUGGGUCAUAGAUUAGAUAUCGUAUUUCAUAAUAUCAGAAUCGGUUUGUUUUAUUUGGAUCACGAUCAUAUAACAAGGAAUAUAGAAAAAGCUAAAAGUUUAAUCGAAGAAGGUGGCGAUUGGGAUAGACGAAAUCGCUUGAAAGUAUAUCAGGGGACUUAUUGUAUAGCAGUACGUGAUUUUAAAGAAGCAGCAAACUUUUUUUUGGACACGAUAAGUACAUUUACGAGUUACGAACUUAUGGAUUACAAUACGUUUGUAAGAUACACUGUUUAUUUAAGUAUGAUAAGUUUACCAAGGAAUGAAUUGCGCGAUAAGAUCAUUAAAGGAUCAGAAAUUUUAGAAGUAUUGCACAGCAAUUCGGACGUUAAGGAUUAUCUGUUUUCUUUAUACAAUUGUCACUAUGCUGAAUUCUUCAAAAAUCUUGCGCAAGUCGAAGGAUUAUUAAGAAGGGAUUAUUUGAUAUUUCCACAUUACAGAUAUUACGUUAGAGAAAUGCGCAUUCUUGCGUACACACAGUUGUUAGAGUCGUAUCGCUCUUUAACGUUGCAUUAUAUGGCAGAAGCAUUUGGCGUUACCGUAGAAUAUAUAGAUCAGGAAUUAUCACGAUUUAUCGCAGCUGGAAGAUUACAUUGUAAGGUUGAUCGUGUCGGCGGAGUAGUAGAAACCAAUCGUCCAGAUAGUAAAAAUUGGCAAUACCAAGCAAUGGUAAAGCAAGGAGACUUGCUCCUUAACAGAGUACAAAAAUUGUCAAGAGUUAUCAACAUAUGAAUGGGCAUUGUAUAAUAAAAUUAAAACAGAUUUAUGUAUCAUAAAUUUUUCAUAUAUUAUUUUUUUUUUGUGUCAUUUAAUAAAAUAUUCCUAAUAUCAAUGGA